CAUCUCAAAAACAAACAUAUUAGUUGUAGAGGGAUAUUUAUUUGAACUCCCUGAUACAGUAAAAACGAUCACAAAAGCAUGUGAUGAUGCCCGUAAGUCUGGUACACUAAUUGCCAUCACAGCUUCUGACGUCUCUUGCAUCGAGCGGCACUACGAUGAUUUCUGGGAAAUUGUUGCAAACUUUGGGGACAUUGUAUUUGCAAAUAGUGACGAAGCCCAGGCUAUGUGUCAUUUUAAGUCAAAUGAAAGCCCCGUAUCUGCGGUGAGGUACCUAAGCCAUUUUGUUCCAUUAGUUUCAGUUACAGACGGUCCAAGAGGCUCCUACAUUGGUGUAAAGGGGGAAGCUAUUUUUAUUCCUCCUUCCCCAUGCAUGCCAUUAGAUACUUGUGGUGCAGGUGAUGCUUACGCAUCAGGCUUUUUGUAUGGGAUGCUUCGUGGUGUACCCAACUUGAAGGUCAUGGGUACCCUUGCAGCUAAGGUUGCAUCCGUAGUUGUAGGGCAGCAAGGCACCCGGCUUAGGGUACAUGAUGCCAUUGGAUUGGCAGAAUCGUUUGAGUACCAGCUUAAGAAUUCACCCAUCUGGUCUGCCGAUAUUGGUUCAGAUCAAAUAUCCAGCUUGUAAACUUCAAACCCGUUGUAAUUAUUCCUACCAUUGAUUGUAAUUAUCUGGCAUAGAUUCAUAGUCACCCCUAGUUGACUAACUCUGGUCCAAUUCCUAAUUCACCGAAUUUUGUCUGAAACACGCAUUUUCC